AUGAAUCGACAAGAUUUCUCAAAAAAUACUAAUCGCGAGAUUCUAAAGUUACUCUUGACUUACAAUUCGCGAACUGUUCCUCUACUAGAUGUAAAUCAUAAAGAUGGAUUUGAUAGGACCCCACUUCAUUUUGCAGUCUCAUUGAAAAAUGAAUUUGCCAUCAAGUCCCUCCUUGACGCCGGUGCCGAUUUGUAUUCAAAAGAUGUCGACGGUAGUCAACCCUUAACUUCAGUUCCAGCAACAGUACUGGAGAAUUAUUUUGAUGAUAGCAUUACUUUGUAUACAGACCGAGGCGCAUUCGGUAUAUUGCAGGGAGUGGAGUUUGACUACAGCAUAUUCAAGCAAGUCGAUCAGAAUUCUUCUAAAACAGCUAACGAAAUGGAAUUUUUUCAUCAGAUUCAGAAAAAACCAGAGCUGAGAACACUACUCAACCAUCCUCUUUCAGAGAGUUUCCUCUAUUCGAAAUGGUGUCUUAUUAAGAAUUAUUACUACCUCAAUUUUACAUUUUAUUUCUUAUUUUGCGUGGCUUUAAAUGCGUAUAUUUUCCAAAUUCACGAUUGUCCGUCGCCAUCGACCAGUUACAACAGCUCUCAGUCAACCGAUACUGGAAUCAACCAUCAUUCCUCUUCAAUUCUAUGUAAUGCAUCGGGGUUAGGAAUAGGAAUAAUAACAUUCCUGUUUUACAUCAUGUUCAUUCUACGAGAGCUUUUCCAAGUUCUUCUUUCAAAGAAGACAUACGUCAGAUCAGCUGAAAACUGGUUGGAAAUGAUGAUCAUACUUGGGGUUGGUGUUUUAUUUGCGAUUGAACGCAAUGCGCAUCUAGCAGCCACAGUUAUUUUAAUGUCGUGUGUAGAGCUUGUAUUUCUACUUGGUAAACAUCCGUGGUUUUCGGUCUAUAUAGAAAUGUUUAAAACAGUGGCGUUAAAUUUUGCCAAAUUUUUUGCAUUGUUUUCGAUUCUGACCAUAUCGUUUGCGAACAGCUUCUACAUUAUAUUCCGAGAUACAACAGAAGAGUACACAUCGUCAGAAAAUGAAAUUAAUGUCAAUCCACCCAACCACACGAUUGAAAACUCCAUUAAUUUGUGGCCAGACCUGUGGGUAUCGCUUAUCAAAUCGAUUAUCAUGAUGACCGGAGAACUCGAUGCUUCUAAUAUACCCCUAGGUAAAAAUUUCAAUUAUACCUAUGUGUUUUUUUCCCUCUUCGUCUUUCUCGUUCCCAUGGUACUUUAUAAUCUACUCAAUGGUUUGGCCGUCAGUGAUACGACCGCCAUCAUGAAAGACUCGGAAAUAGUUGCUGUGAUGUCUCGAGUUGAACUGAUGUGGCAUUUGGAAAGUCUACUCAACAGCAAGUCAUUGCAGUUUUUCAGUAAACAUUGCCCAGAAUUUUUAAAUCACAGAUUUUUUUGGGAUGUUGAACAUAAGCAACUUAUAGUAAGCUCCGAUUCUAAGUACAGCAUUGGAAAUGAUAUAUCUGACAAAAUAAUCGGAUACAUGCCCCUCACUAUCAUCAAACAAGCCAAAGUAAUCGUAGAAAAACGAAAUCACAGUAAUUCUUCCAAAGAUAUGGACCAAAAUUCUUCGGCGGAUGCCGCAAAGAAAACUUCAACGAACAGCGAAUGUAUCAAUGAAACAGUUCAUAAGAUAAGCGAUCAAAUACAUAAGUUAAAACUUGGGAUCGAUAGAAAAAUCUCUGAAAUGAACUUGAGAAUUGCUGAAAUUAACGUAAGAAACGAUGAAGCGAACGCAAAAAUUACUGAUCGUGUCGAAAAAUUGUUGCAAAGCGUUGAAAGAAAUGAUAUAAAACUUGAAAUCGAUGAAAAAAAUACUGAAAUGAAAAGAAGAAUCGAUGAAAUGGACGCAAAAAUUACAGAUCGCUUUGAAAAAUUAUUGCAAAGUGUUGAAAGAAAUAAUAAAUUACUGGAAUCUGUUGCGCAGGCAGAUCAUUUGAAGCAGAAAGAACAGGUUGGAGAUGAGGAUGAAUUAUUGAAAUAAUGUAUUUUUCAUCGAAUUCAUGACGAUAUUUUAUUGGUUAGUGUUUAAGUUAAUUGCACUUUUCAAAAAUUUCUCAUAUGAAUAUGUUUUAUAAAAUUUUUGCAUUUACGCCAAACAAUAACUAUUCUUACCAAAUUUAAUAUACAUUACCUAGGUACUAUUUAUAAUAACCCUAUUAUUUUUCGAAUUAAACUUUUGUGGAACGAAUUCAAGCAUGUUACAUUUCAUUUUUCUUUCUUUAAUUCACUUCCCCUAAAUUACCAC